GAAAUAUUUUUUUGUGUUUAUAGGGAUACUUCAAUAAGGUGAGCGAAGUAAGACUGAGUAGAGCUAGUUCAUUGGGGUGAACGAACUAAACGUGAACUAAUCUUUAAAGUGAACUAAAAAAUCAAACUCUAGUGUAUAGGGUAUGUAACCCGUAAGGACGAUACUAUGGCCUACGCUUCGGCAUUAUUACGUAAAUUUAAGUCGCGAAAAUAAAACAUCUUUCUCAGCAGACAUCGACGUUUUCAUGACAAAACGAAAAAUAACGUUAAGGUCUAAAAUAGGCCUGUGUUUGUUUAUGUGCCCAAACGUAAUAUUAGUGUCUGUGGCCUACAUGGAUGUACUUGCACUACUCUGUUUCAUUAAACCAGCAUUCAGCCUACAACAUUCUUUAGUAAACACACCACCAAUACUUUACGUACCGGAAAGGAACUGGAGAAUAUCUGAAUCUGAGCAGGUGGGCCAAAUAAUUACACGAAUUCGAGCUGAGGAUCCAGAAAACGAUGAUCUCAUUUUUGGCCUUGAACCACACUUUAUAUCAAACUAUAGUGAAGAAAAUGACAAACACAAUUUACCAUUUCGUAUUGAUGAAGUCAGAGGAAACGUUUACCUCAAUGAAAGCCUCAUUGGACGAGGUGGGGAAAACUUUUUCCUUUACAUUACUGUUUCCGACGGAGAUCUAACAGCUAAAAACGAAGUUUUUGUUAACAUUCUGGCAAAGGAUAGUCAUAUGGUGACAAACUUUCGAACUCCCCCAUCGGUUACGAGUGUUGUACAAAAUUUUUCUCAAAUCCUCCCUCAGUUCAAUACGCUACUCGGUACACAACAUUCAAAUGAACGACCAAUCAACCACCUUCCCUCAAAAUUUGGCCUAAAUCAAUAUAUGUCUUCACACAACCAUCAUAGUGCUAGUAAUGAAUUAGAAAUAGACACUUCCGAACAAACUACUCCACUGAUGUCAACAGCAACGACAAAUAUGCCUCCUUCGACAACAGGUCGUAUUCGGCUAAAAGCCAUAAUUAAGGCAGAUAACAAUGCUUCCGUAAAUGGACUUAGAGAAAAUAUCUACAACUAUAGCAACGAUAGUGUUUUAAUGGCAGAUUCAAAAGAGAAGCCACUUCAGACCGAAAUUAAUGCAAGACCAGUGGAGAAUAAUAAAAAGAAUAAAUAUCCUUAUAUAGAUCCAGCUGAUGAAAAUGCAUCGAACUUAAUUUCAAUCAAAGCAGUUAUUAUUCCAGUUAUAGCAAUUUCAUGUGGACUUUUUUUUGCGGCAGCUGGUUUCUUUGGUUUCCUAUACCGGAAACAUUUGUGCGCUUUUAGCAAAAAAUUAAAAAAAAAAUCCAAGGAGGAAAUAACUAAAAAAUCUAACCACAGCAAUUUAAGCUGUGAUUUAACUGAUGGCAGCCAAAAUUCAAUGGUAUUGCAACAUUGGAACGGGCCUAUCGCCUACCACAACCGCUACGUUCCUCAACAACUGCAGAAUGCCUUGGUAACAUCCCAAUUAACAGCAAAUUCCAUGGAUAGAAGGGCUAUUCAUAAUACUGACCCAGGUAACUUAAGUGGAAUUCAAAAUAGUAGUAACACUAUUGCUGGAGAAACACAAACCGGUAUGAAUAUGAAUAUCGGAUACCGUAGUGUUGUAGAAUCUAAAGUUGACCGUGUUAUAUGCCGAUGGGAAUUUCCACGGCACCGGCUUAAAUUCUUCAACAUAUUAGGAGAAGGUGCAUUUGGUCAAGUUUGGCGUUGCGAAACAAUCGAUGUCGAUGGUGACGAAAGUGAUUCUACCGUUGCUGUGAAAACCUUAAAAGAAAACGCGACCGAAGUCGAAAAAAAGGACCUAUUGAGCGAACUUGAGGUGAUGAAGUCACUUGACCCACAUGUUAACGUCGUUCGACUUCUUGGCUGUUGCACUGAUAAGGAUCCAAUAUUUGUGAUUAUUGAAUUUGUGAAUCGGGGAAAAUUGCAAGCUUAUCUACGAAAUUCGCGUGCAGAGCGGCAUUACGGCAAUACUCAUGGAAAAUCUAAUACUUUGACGUCGAGUGAUUUGACAUCAUUUAUGUACCAAGUUGCUAAAGGCAUGGAUUACCUCACAUCAAAAGGGGUAAGUACAUAACUUAACCGAAAUAAGU